AUGGCCAAAGACACAUCGAAUGUCGGCUCAAAGCCGAAACACGCCAAAGAGGACGCCGACGUCGAGAUGCAACAAUCCGCUUCCCCCGAAAAGACACAGAAGUCCGAGUCCAAAGACAAGAAGAAGCGUAAGAAGUCAUCCAGCGAGACCGACGGCAACGUGACGAGCAAGAAGAAGCGGAGACACAGUACGGACGAUAGGCAGGAUAAAGAGGACGACAAGCCAAAGAAAAAGAAGAAGAGAGUUUCCUUCGGACCCGGCACGAAGACCAAGGAUGCAGACAGUGAUAGCGACAGUCCUGCGGACGACGAACAUGACGACGACGAGAAGGAUACCUCGGAGGCCAUGACGAGCGCCGAGGCCGAGGCUAAGGAAGCUGAGGACAAAAUGAUUGAGGAGAUGAAGAAGCGCAAGCGUGAGAAGAAGAAGGCGCGGAAGGCUGGCGCUACGUCUACAUCUACACCUACGUCUUCGUCGACAUCUACAUCUACCGCACAAAUCCACGAGUCUCCCAUCCUGGGCUAUCUGAGCUGGUACUACCGUGACCGGGCGUCGUGGAAGUUCCAGAAGAACCGCGAAACGAACCUCUUCAAGCACCUUUACUCGAUUGAGCACGUCCCUGUGCAAUACAACCUCCCCCUCCAAACCUACCUUCAAGGCCUGAAGGGUGACGCCGCCAAGACACGACUGAGCGAGGGCGCGAUGGCAGUUCUCAAGACGGACGGCGACGACCUUGCCGCCGAGUACCAACAAGCUGUGGAUUCCUUCCGGUCAUUGUUACCCGGCAGUGGAGAAGAGCUUAACGCCGCUGACUCGGUGGAUGGCCUGGACGUGGAAGCAACCAAGCGUCUCCGGAAGAGACAACGAGCCGAGCUGGUUUUCUUCGCUGUCACGGGUGAACUAUUUGAUCGGGAAGAAAUUGUGCGCAAGCAAAAGGAGGCCGCGCAGGCAGAGGCACAGAAAUCGAAGAAGAGGAAGAACAGAACUGUCGUUGUGGAUAUCUCUAGCAGUGAGAGCGAUAGCGAUGAGGAGAAGAAGCCUGCUAAGGCGAAGAAGAGCGCUGCUAAGGAGGAGAGCAAUGAUGAUUAUACCAGUAGCAGUGGAAGUGACAGCGAUGAUAGCACCAGCAGCAAUGGCAGCGACAGCGAGAGCGAGAGCGAAGCACCUCCCGCGAAGAAACCUGCGCCGACCAAGUCCGCACUGAAGAAGAAGCCUGUUCCGAAGCCUGCUGCUCCCUUCAAGGAAGAACCCGCUCCGCCAGCGCCCGGCAAGAACAAGAAGAAGCAGAAGCGUAAAGUGCGGACUGCAUUGAUUGAGAUCUCGAGUAGCAGCGAGAGCGAUAGUGAUUGA